AUGAAGGUGACAGCAUUUGCCGUUAUUGUAGGGCUGGUAGGACCAUGUUUGGCUCUAAGGAUACCAAGUAAAGAGAUUUUAACUGAUGGAGAAAAUAUGCCAACAAUCGACCAUCCAGAAAAGGACCCCAGUAGUCACGCUUUCUUCCCGCAGGAUCUCGAUUCUCAUCACCAAGACGAUCCUUUGACAGAUCCAUAUGGCGAAUACUACCCUGAUCAUCGUAACACCUACGAGCAACAACCGCGCGAACCCUUCCUCGAGCGCAAUUCGGAUCAGCAGGACUCGCACAGGCCUUACCCGUACGAUGAUAAUUCUAACGGUUACCACGGGAGCUACCCGUACAAACAGCAUGCUUAUAAUGACUACAACUCCGAUCAUAGCUACCCGUACAAACAGCAUGCUUAUAAUGACUACAACUCCGAUCAUCGCUACCCGUACGACCAUUAUCCUAACAACGAGUACAACUUCGAGCAUCAUGACCCGUACAAUCAUUAUCCUUACAACGUGUACUAUUCGGGUCAGCGUUACCCUUACGGCCAUUAUCCUUACAACGUGUACAACUUCGAUCAUCAUGAUCCGUACCACCAUUAUCCUUACAACGUGUACUACUCGGGUCACCGUUACUCAUACGGCCAUUAUCCUUACAACGUGUACAACUUCGAUCAUCAUGACCCGUACGACCUUUAUCCUUACAACCUUUACUACUCGGAUCAUCGUUACCCGUUCGAACAUCUCCCUGAUGAUUACAAAAACCUCGAUUAUUAUCAACAUCACUACGGGCAUAAAAAGACUUACUGGUGCCCGUGUCAAAAUCUGCACCGUAAUGGAGAUACCGACACAACCGAGGAAAAUUAA